AUGCAAAUGCAAGCACAAUGGCCAAAAUGUUCCUCUCAGAAAGAGACUCCAUUUCAAGGAAAAGAGCCAGAGGAACUUGCUAAACACCCAGAGAUUCAAAGUCUGAGUUCCUAUGGAGACUGCCUGCCACCCUCAGCCUCCUUUCUUUUUGGGACUGACAUUGCUACCGCCAUACAGGCAACUUCUGGUCCUUGGCUAGCUGCCUCUGUAGCUGGUGUUCCAGGCUCCCAAGAAGCUAUUGCAUCAGCUAAGGAGGGUGACUCCCCACAAGAGGCAUGUACAUCAGCAAGGACAGAUAUGCAUUCCAAAUUAUUUACACCAGUCAAAACUGAUGUUGCCUCCAAAGAAACUGAUGCACCAACCAAAGCUGAUGCUGCCUUAGAAGAGGUUGAUGCAUCAGCCAAGGCUGAUGCUGCCUCCAAAGAGGCCGGUGCACCAGCCAAAGCUGAUGCUGCCUCUAAAGAGGCUGGUGCACCACCCAAAGCUGAUGCUGCCUCCAAAGAGGCCAGUGCUCCAGCCAAAGCUGAUGCUGCCUCUGAAGAGGCUGGGUUUCCUUGCAACUUUGAUCUACAGGAUCCAAUUAUAUACCCAUAUUCCUGA